AUGCCGCCGCGUCACCAGGAAACUUGGGGAUACCGCGGCGUCCGCGCGCGCCCCUCCGGCAGCUUCUCCGCCGAGAUCCGGUUCCGCGGGAUGCGCCUCGGCCUUGGCACUUUAGACACCGCCAAUGAGGCUGCCCGCGCGUACGAUGCGGCAGCGUGGCGCCUCCGAUGGACUCAUAGAGCAUUGAACUUCCCCAACAUGCCGACGCAGGAGCGAGCGCCUCCGCCGUGGCUUAUCACCGACGAAGAUCAUCGCGACCACCGGAGGCAGGAGCAUCGUCUCGGCAUCGCCGAGACGGACGAGGAAGCCAUGGCGUUGUGGUGGCAAUGUUUCCCGCAAGACAUCAUCAACGAGCGCGAGUUCUACGCGCAAAGGAGAGCGGAGAGGGAAAAGAGGAAGGUGGAGCGAGCCACCUAUCGCGAGGACAAGCGUACGCAGAAGGCAGUCGUUCAAUUCAACAUCAAGCUAGGAGCAACGUCGCCCUAG